GAGGCGAAGAGAGAGGAAGCGAGAGGCGAGACGAGAGUGGCGGUGGUGGUGUUGUGCUUGUUGGUGCUGUUGUUGGUGGUGGUGGUGGUGGGGAUCCCUCUUCUCACUCGCCUCCCAUCUCCUCGCUGACAGCCACGGGAGACACCAGCGAGGAGACACGCGGAGAGUCAUGGGGCACACGGCGCGGAUGAUGGCGUUUGUGGCGGCGGCGGCGGUGGUGGUGGCGGUGGCGUCCGAGGCCCCCGAGCUCGCCUCGGCUGUGUGGGACUCCCAGCGCGGGCUCGCCGUGGUGCGAGGCAUCGAUCCGGGGGCCCUGGCCUGGGCCAACUUCACUGACAGAAUCUCCAGCACGGGCUGGUCUCACCUGACUCUUGCCACAAAUGAGAAGUAUGACGACGCCUUACAAGCCUACGCUGCCGGUGUGCUGGAGGCCAACGUGACGAGCAAGUACAUUAAGCUGCAAUGGCAGAACACGAUGGAAGGAUAUUGUGCCAAGGGCUCGCAGGAGUCGGCCUACUGUGGCAGGCUGGAGGGCUUCCUCAAGGACAACCUCGACUGGAUGAAUGCACAGAUCGAAGCAGAGCCAGAGAAUCCACUUUGGCACCAGGUGCGGCUGGCCUUACUGCAGUUCAAGGGCAUCGAGGAUGGCAUGAGUGGGAAUAUCGCCCUCCCCACCGGGAGAAUAGACAUCUCUCUCUUUGGAUUCUACUUGGGCCAAAUUGCCACCGAUUUGGGAGAUUUGGAGCAAGUUCUCAACAAGACUGCCGCAACACAGAAUCCUGCCUCUGGAAUGGAAUAUGGUCGUGGUCCGGUGGGGAAGGGCCACUGCUCCGCCCUGAUCAGGCUACUGCCAAACGGACAGGACUUGCUGACGUCACAUGUGACUUGGGGGGCCUAUCAGAGCAUGCUGAGGAUCGUUAAGAAUUACCAACUUGCGUUUCACACCACACCCAAGGGUCAGCAGGUGAUCCCUGGCCACGAGCAAGCCUUCAGCUCCUACCCUGGUGUCACCUUCUCCAUCGAUGAUUUUUACAUCCUAAGCAGUGGACUGGUUGUGCUGGAGACUACGAUUGAAAACAACAACCCUGAGCUGUGGCACCUAGUCCAGCCAAAGGGGCAACUUUUGGAGUGGUUGCGUAACGUGGUGGCCAACCGACUGGCGACGUCUGGCCAACAUUGGGCAGAAACAUUCAGACAGCACAAUAGCGGCACGUACAACAAUGAGUGGAUGGUUGUUGACUACAAGCGUUUUGCUACUGGAUCAUCAAAAUCGAGCAGUGGAAUCUUGACCGUACUUGAACAGAUGCCGGGCCUGGUGGUGUCAUCAGACCUGACGGAUGUCCUUUACAAAGAACAAUACUGGGCAAGCUACAACAUCCCCUACUUCCAGAAGAUCUGGAAUGUGUCUGACCAGCAGGCCUUGGUGGACAAGUUCGGAGACUGGUUUGACCAUGACCGCUGCCCACGUGCUCAGAUUUUCCGCCGAGAUGUCCACACAGUCACCGACCUUCCCUCCAUGGUGCACCUCAUGAGGUACAACAACUUCAUGAAUGACCCACUGUCGGCGUGCAAGGGCUGUGUGCCAGGACAGAACGCAGAGUUUGCCAUCGCAGCGCGCUGUGACCUGAACCCAGCCAAUGGAACCUAUCCCUGUGACAUGUUGCAACAGCGCAGCCAUGGGGCCACUGACAUGAAGAUCACGAGCAAGGCGAUGGUGCCACGGUUGGAAAUGGUGGCCCAGAGUGGUCCCACAUGGGACCAGCAGCCUCCCUUCCAGUGGAGCAAGUCUCCCUUCUCCAGCCUCUCCCAUGUUGGGCAGCCAGACCUGUGGUCCUUCUUACCUGAGCACAUCAGCUGGUGCAAACACUCAGGCCAGUAAGAGCAGUGUUGCCAGAUUAGAGUAAAUUCUCACUCUGCAGAUUAAAACUAGUUUUAAAUUUAGAUUUACGGAAUUCACAAUGUUUGGAUUUUAGGAAUUUGAUUCUGGGUUUUAGGCCAGUGCAAGCAGGUGUGGUCUUAAUGUAUACACACCUUUAGGGACCAGGCUGGUAGUAUCAUCAUGGUCAGAGCAAAAACAGCCAGGGAUAUUAUAUUAUUUUCUAAUCCAUGUCUGUAAUGAUCUUAAGUGUCUUUGUUAGUAAAAGUUGAGUCAUCUGUAAACCCAUAAACAUGACGUGAAAGUAAACGAAAACAGUACCAGCUGUGACUACGUUACUGCACGAGUGACGUUUCUUCUGUAGUAUAAAAAGCAGCCGUAACAGCAGGGCCAGUGUAGGCCACCAGGUGGCAGGCACAGAUCACAACUGACCCUUGUAACUCAGCCAACCAUAUCAAACUUGCAUUCCCUCCCAUUUUCUGUUUAUUUCUCACACUUAUUAUACCAAAAAUAUAAUGACGCAUUCAUAGUCUUCAUCUUUAUUUUGAGGUGUAAGUCAUUGCAGUCUUUUUAAUAUAUCAGUGUUCUUCACUCAUUUUCAAAGGGGGGGGGGGGCACUUUCGCCGAUAGGACAUCAUCAGUGUGAGGGCCGCCACACGUUUGAAACCAUUGGGGUUUGACAGCAGCACGAUGAUGAUGGGGGUGGUUUUCACUCAUAGUGUAUUGUCGGGAGCCACACGUCAGGGGCUGCACUAAAGGAGGCCACCAGGGGCCGCUAGUCGCCCGCGGGCCUUGCAAUGAGGAAGAACACUGCUUUAGAUAAAGUAAUUGUGAGCAAAUGUUAUAACUAUGGACAGUGCAUCUUGUACUUUUUGCAGAAGGCUAAUAUUAUUUACAUAAUGCUGUCAAAUUAGAUGUAACAAAUUAUGCCAAUGGAUAAGUGCCUGAUCUAUCUUGUGGAAUUUUAGUUUUCACCAGGUGUACAUUUUAUGAACAGAUGCCUAUGCAGUGUAAAAGUAUUUGUUGUAGUCUCCAGCCCUUGGCCAGUCCACUGAUGGAUAUAGGCCUCUGCCCGCUGUGAGGGUUUGAUCAUACUUUACCAUGCUCGUAAUUAUGGGUUCAAUGGGGGGGAGGGCCUAGGAACAGUUCAGAUAUCACUUGCCACUGAUGUGAGCCAUUUCCAUAAUUAAAACCCAGGUUAUUGGUUAAUAAUACACUGUGAACUACUGUGCCACUGCUCCCACCCGAAGUAUUCAAAUGUACCUCAAUAUAAAGGAGAAUUCAGUUUCUCUUUAUAGCCAACGUAUAGUCCCCCCCAUUGUUAGAUGUCUUACAGGUAAAAAUCUUCACAGUUUCACCCUUGACUUAAGUUGUUAAAUGUGUGGCUAAGUUAUACCUCCAUAUAGUGGAUGUAAUUCAAGCCCAUAAAUAACUGCCUGAUGCCAUAUAAGUACUGAAAUUGUGAACAAAAUAAAAGAUGAUACCAAAGGUGCAUAUACUUAAUUAAUCGGUAAUUAAAAAUGGACAUGAACCACUUUAACAAGGCAAUUGUCAUAUAUUUGAUACAGUACUUUUUGCACUUUAGUUCUUUUUACUUCAAAUGAGAACGAUGGUAAAUGAAAAAUAAUAACAUCACAUUGAAUGCUUGUGUAUGCCGAUUAAUAAAAGCUGAUUGCCUGCA